AUUUUAUAAUAAUUAAAAGUGAGGUUAGUUUUGUUGAUGUUUUGAAAAGCGACAAACGUGAAAAAGUGAGGUUAAGAUUAAUUUUUGAAAAUGUACAACAAUAAAAUCGAAGAAUUUCGAAAUUAUUUUCAAUCUCAUAAUAAAUCUAAAGAAUAUUCUGGACAUACUUCUAAAGUACAUUCGGUGGGGUGGAGUUGCGAUGGAAAAAGACUCGCUUCCGGUUCUUUUGAUAAAUCCGUUUGUAUUUACACUUUGGAUAAAGACCGUUUGAGUAAAGAAACGACUUUUAAAGGUCACGGUGGUUCAGUAGACCAAUUAUGUUGGCACCAAUCUCAUCCAGAUCUUCUAAGUACAGCAAGUGGUGACAAAUCUGUUCGAAUAUGGGACUCAAGAAUCCAAAAAUGUAUUGCAACAAUACCCACAAAGGGAGAAAAUAUUAAUAUAACCUGGGCUCCUAAUGGAGAUACAAUAGCAGUUGGGAAUAAGGAAGAUUUAGUUACUUUCAUUGAUGCAAGAACGCACAAAAUUAAAUCUGAAGAACAAUACAACUUUGAAGUUAAUGAAAUCUCUUGGAAUAAUACUAGUGAUUUAUUCUUUUUAACAAAUGGACAGGGAUGUAUUCAUAUACUUAGUUAUCCCGAUUUGGAACUUCAGCAUAUUCUAAAUGCUCACCCAGGGACUUGUAUUUGCAUUGAAUUUGAUCCAACUGGGAAAUAUUUUGCAACGGGAAGUGCAGAUGCUUUGGUAACACUUUGGGACGUUGAUGAGUUAGCUUGUAAAAAAGUUUUUACUAGAAUGGAUUGGCCAGUUCGAACAAUAUCUUUUAGCCAUGAUGGUCAACUUCUAGCCUCUGCUUCAGAAGAUUUAAUUAUUGAUAUAGGAUUCACUGAAACAGGCGAUAAAAUCGCUGAUAUUACAGUUGAAGCGGCAACUUUUACAGUAGCUUGGCAUCCAUCGCAGUAUUUAUUAGCUUAUGCUUGUGAUGAUAAAGAUACUUACGAUAGAAAAAGAGAUGCAGGAAGUUUAAAAGUUUGGGGAUUUCCUUCCGAUUAAUUUUUUUAAUCUUUUUUAAAAAUCAAUAAAAAGAACUAAAAAGGGCUUAA